GCCCCAGGUCCCCGCCGGCGCGGGCGCCUUGGCACGUCCGCAGGCUCUGCCGGGCGGUGGCGGCCGCCGGGUCGCGAGGUGGGGCGGGGUGGGGCGCGCCGGGGGCCGCCCGCGCGGGCUUCAUCUGCGGUCGCGCGGCCUGUGCCUCAGUGCCGGGGACGCCGAGGCGCGGGGCGACGAGCUGCCGGAGUGGCUAUGGACCGCCGCUGGGGCCUCCUGAUCGGCUUUCUGGGCGCCGUGUGGCCGCUGGGCUCGGGCCAUGGCGGGCGGCAGCCCCCGGAGACGGCGGCGCAGAGGUGCUUCUGCCAGGUUAGUGGUUACUUGGAUGAUUGUACCUGUGAUGUUGAAACCAUUGAUAGAUUUAAUAACUACAGGCUUUUCCCAAGACUACAACAACUUCUUGAAAGCGACUACUUUAGAUAUUAUAAGGUAAAUCUGAAGAGGCCGUGUCCUUUCUGGAAUGACAUCAGCCAAUGUGGAAGAAGAGACUGUGCUGUCAGGCCUUGUCAAUCAGAUGAAGUUCCUGAUGGAAUUAAAUCUACGAGCUACAAGUAUUCUGAAGAAGCCAACAGUCUCACUGAAGAAUGUGAACGAGCUGAACGACUUGGAGCUGUGGAUGAGUCUCUGAGUGAGGAAACACAGAAGGCUGUUCUUCAGUGGACCAAGCAUGACGAUUCCUCAGACAACUUCUGUGAAGCUGAUGACAUCCAGUCUCCUGAUGCUGAAUAUGUAGAUUUGCUCCUUAAUCCUGAGCGCUACACAGGUUACAAGGGACCAGAUGCUUGGAAGAUAUGGAAUGUCAUCUAUGAAGAGAACUGUUUCAAGCCACAAACCAUUAAAAGACCUUUAAAUCCUUUGGUUUCUGGUCAAGGGAUAAGUGAAGAGAACACUUUUUACAGUUGGCUAGAAGGCCUCUGUGUAGAAAAAAGAGCAUUCUACAGACUUAUAUCUGGCCUACAUGCAAGUAUUAAUGUGCAUUUGAGUGCACGAUAUCUUCUACAGGAUACCUGGUUGGAAAAGAAAUGGGGACACAACGUUACAGAAUUUCAGCAGCGAUUUGAUGCAAUUUUGACUGAAGGAGAAGGUCCAAGAAGGCUUAAGAACUUGUAUUUUCUCUACUUAAUAGAAUUAAGGGCUUUAUCUAAAGUGGUACCAUUCUUUGAGCGCCCAGAUUUUCAACUCUUCACUGGAAAUAAAAUUCAGGAUGCAGAAAACAAAAUGUUACUUCUGGAAAUACUUCAUGAAAUCAAGUCAUUUCCUUUGCAUUUUGAUGAGAAUUCAUUUUUUGCUGGGGAUAAAAAAGAAGCAAACAAACUAAAGGAGGACUUUCGACUGCAUUUUAGAAAUAUUUCAAGAAUCAUGGAUUGUGUUGGUUGUUUUAAAUGUCGACUGUGGGGAAAGCUUCAGACUCAGGGUUUGGGUACUGCUCUGAAGAUCUUGUUUUCUGAGAAACUGAUAGCAAAUAUGCCAGAAAGUGGGCCCAGUUAUGAAUUCUAUCUAACCAGACAAGAAAUAGUAUCUUUAUUUAAUGCAUUUGGAAGAAUUUCUACAAGUGUGAAAGAAUUAGAAAACUUCAGGAACUUGUUACAAAAUAUUCAUUAAAGAAAAUGAGUUGAAAUGUGCCUGUUUCUGGACAAUGGAGGCCAAAGAGUGGAAUUUCAUUCAAAGGCAUAAUAGCAGUGAUAUCUUAAACCAAACAUUUUAUAUAAAGCUACUUUUGUAAAAGGGGAAUUAUGUUGUUUUAAGUAAACAUUUUUUUAAUUGUGUUAAGUCUAUGUAUAAUAUUAUUGUGAGUAAAAGUAAUACUUUGAUAAUGUGGUACAAAUUUUAAAGUUUAGUAUUGAAUAAAAUCAGGGUUAUCAAAUUCAUAUAUGGUAAAACUAAGUAAAUGAUGUUUUAAGUCUCUCAAACUAGAAUUCUGUGUAAGAAGAUGUAAUAUAAAUAAAACUAUGGCCAAUGUGACAAGUGUUUAAUAGGAAAAUGCUAAUGAGGCUCAUGAAUGACCCAUAAUUAACAGCCCAAAAUUUUUCAGUACAUUUAGGGUUAUCAGAUAUAGUAAAUAAAAAUACAGUUAAACUUGAAUUUCAGAUAAACAAGUAGUUUUUUAAUAUAAGUAUGUUGCAUGCUAUAUUUGGGGUAUACUUAUACCAAAAAAUUAUUCCUUGUU